ACAGGCAGGGCAGAUAUAAGGCAUGACUCUCCUACAGCGAGCACAGAAACAUAGGCGCACUGUGGAUGAUCAUCAUGUUGUGUUAUUGGGGAGAAUCUGUGAAACCGGAUGGAUUUGGUUUAGCGAAUAGCGACAGCGUGAAAUUCACAAACAACGGAAUAGGAUACCUUUCUCCCAAAUCCAGGAUCAGUGAUAUCUCUCCAGGGAAGAACCUUAUAGGAUUUAUCCGUGAAGGAAACACAUCUGUCAUCAGACUGAGCACCAGAGAACAUGUCAAAACUGGAAAAAUCAAAUGUCUAGACCAGAAGAAAGACAAGAUCAGACUGAUCUGCUGUGGUGAAGCUAAUGCUGUCCUUCUGGCCCAUGGAGGAAAGACACUUUCUUUGGACGAUUCUUAUGUUUGCAGGCCCAUCAAGGAGCUCUGCGAUAAAACUGUAGUUCAGGUUGCAUGUGGAGACCAGCACUUUAUGGCCCUGACAAACGAUGGUCAGCUGUUCACAUGGGGUCAGAACUCGAGGGGGCAGUUGGGUUUGGGGAAAGGGAAGUCGAGCUCUUUGUCUCCUGAGCUCCUCGAGUCUCUGUGUGGGGUCCCUCUGGCUCAGAUCAGUGCUGGAGGAGACCACAGCUUCGCCCUGUCCCUCUCUGGAGCGGUGUUCGGCUGGGGCAGGAACAGUGCUGGACAGCUGGGCCUGGGACAUACAGAGGACAUUUACGUUCCAACCUGUGUGAAUAACCUGAACCAAAAGAAAACCAUUUCCAUCUCAUGUGGAGAGGAACACACUGCUACUUUGUCGAAGGGAGGAACAGUAUUUACGUUUGGAUCAGGUCGUUACGGGCAGCUUGGUCAUAACUCACUAAAUGAUGAACUUCGUCCUCGGGUUGUUAAUGAGCUGUGGGGUGUAAACGUGUCCCAGAUCACAUGUGGGAGGAAUCACACUCUGGCACUGGUCAAAUCGUCAAACAAGAUCUACUCAUUUGGAUGUGGAGAACAAGGACAACUGGGAAAUGGCCAAAAUACCAAUCAGUGUAUUCCACUUCCUGUUGAGCUGCAUUCAGCGGCGAAUAACAUCCAUACAAUUGAGAGCAUCGUUGCUGGUGGGAAUCAUUCUUUUGCCUUGUGCUCGAAAACGACAUCUGAAAGUAUUUUGGAGCCUAACCAAAGGAGGGGGAUUCUUACAUUAGGGGACAACAUGAUUAACAGAUGGGUGUCUAACUGUGAAUCAAAACAGUGGCGGACCUUCAAAAAAGAAAUAAAAAGAGUUUUCUCAUCUCCAUCUUGCAUCAAUGGGAGCUUCAUUGUAAAAAGUUGUGAUCGACACUACCAAACAUCCACACAUGUCUCUGGUUUGGAUAUGGAUUCAGUGAGAGCUGCUUUUGAUCGGUUGGCUGAAGAGGAAAGGGUGCUGUUGGAGGUAAAGAAAGUGGUAAAGAAUGAUCUUCUCCCCUGUCUGGGCUUGAACAUUGUUGGUAUUGAGGCUUUGAGGGUUUUCAUCAUCUUGCCUGAACUCCUUCGAGUGCUAAAAAUUCAAGGACAUGAGACAAAGCUUCGAGAGUCAUACGCUUCUGCCAUUUUAAGACUGGAUCCCUGGAUGCAGGCGGUUUUAGAGAACUUCUGGUCUGAACUCCCUGAAACCUUCCUGAAAACAGUAAAGGAGCAUUUUCACACUAAAACCGCAGAAAUGAUCACUGCGGUGACGUUUGACUUUAGACAAAUACAAGCCAUGCGUAUACAAUUACGUGAAUCAGCCCAAGUCCUCCAGCUGCUCUACAAGGCUUCCUGCAAGAACCAAAGAGAACUCAAACCUGAAGAUUUUAUCAUCUAUGAGAUCAAUGAUCUGUGCGACAAGUUGAACGCUAUUCAAAGGGACAUCAAUUUUUUUAAUUGUGGUUUUGAAUGGCGGAACAUCGACAUUAACGCGGCGUUGGCAGAAGAGCAGCAACAUAUAAUCACCUUAAGACUUUUGAGCUCAAGUCUUUGCAUCUUCACUCUUGAGGCGAAGUACAGUCUUCUAAAGUUGAGAGACAUGAGGCGAGCCAUUAAUAUUGGUUUAAGACGCAACGCACUUCUAGAAGACUGUUUUCAACAACUGAUGUUUGCUAGUGAACAAGACCUGAAGGGUGUUCUGCAGGUGGUGUAUUGUGAGAACUUGGAAAGGAGCAAUGUCAAUCAGAGCGAUUUCUUCUACGAAGUGUUUAAAAUACUAAAACAAGAAUUGAAAAAGUUGGACACAGAAACCCUGAAGUGGUUUACUGUUCCGGAGCUUAAAUUCACAGAGGACAGAUACUUUUUCUUUGGACUUCUGUGUGGUCUGGCUUUUAACAACAACUGUGUCGUGAACAUGGUCUUUCCUUUGGCAAUGUUUAAAAAACUUCUCGACAUCAGACCUUCUCUUGACGAUUUCACUGAGCUGAAUCCUGACGUAGGCCGGAGCUUGCAGUACUUACUGAACUACAGUGAUGAUGAUGUUGAAAACAUGUGCAUGACCUACACUAUUUCAUGCAACAACAAUGAAGUCGAAUUGGAACCAGAUGAGCCUGGCAAAGCCGUGACAAGCUUGAACAAGGGUGUAUUCGUGGAUGCGUACGUGGAUUACGUGCUAAACAAGUCAGUAGAGCAAGAGUUUAAUGAGUUCAAGAAGGGGUUCUACAAAGUAUGUGACCGAAACCUGGUGAGCUUAUUUAAGCCAGAGGAGCUCAGAGAAGUGAUGCUGGGCUCAGAUAAUUACGACUGGAAAGUAUUCAAAGCGAAUACAACCUAUGAAGAUGGAUUUACAGCAAAACAUCCAACCAUUGUUUUGUUCUGGAAAGUGUUUAAAAAACUGUCAAGCCAGGACAAGAAAGCCUUCCUAAUGUUCCUGACAAGCUCUGAGCGGGUUCCCAUACUGGGUAUGGAACAGGUGAAGAUGAGAGUGCGACCCCUGUUUAACUCCACACAGGAUCAUAUGCCCAAAUCCUACACCUGCCAUAACAUACUGGAUCUUCCUGUAUACGAAACAAAAGAAAUACUCCAGACAAAGCUUAUCGAGGCCAUACGUCACAAAAGAGGAUUCUGGGACGAAUAACAAGAAUGUUUUAUCAGAUCUUUUUAUUUCUCUUCGUGCUGGUAUAUAAAAAAUAUGGACUUUGUUCGUAGCAGUACUGUGUGUUAAUAUAUCAGCCUAAUUACAUGGGGUGGGUCCUUUUUAGAAAAAUCAGGGUAUUUAUUUUUUUAUGUUUCAAAUAUUAUGUAGAAUCGAAUUGUCUGGCCAGACCUGGGAUCAGAAUGGAAUUAGGGAGUCUGGAUGUGGAGUCUUAUUGAGCGAAUAACGCACAUUAUUCCUGGUUCACAUAAAACAAGCCUGAGUGAUUAGUUUUCUUUCAGAAAGGCUUAUAUAUAUGUAAAUAAACAUUUACAUUAAUUUAGAAAAAAUGCAUUAAAUCUAGUGUUACCUUUAUAAUUUUAAGCUUUUCUUCUUAACUGUUAUAUUUUAUAUCUCGCAACAGACUACACAUUGUCGAGUCAUAGAUAUCUUGUUAAGGACUUUAUUAAAUACCAUGUUAUGUUAAUUAAUUUAACUUAUUUUGAAGGCUUUCAUAUGGAUAACCUAAAGCAAAUCACACUACUAUAAAUGUGAACUUGGGUCCCAAGUUUCCUGGUGUAGACUCCAGGCUUCUCUAUGAACAUGUGUAUAAUAUGUAAUAAAUGUAUAUGUAUAAAAUGUAAACUUUUUAAUAAUGUGUUUAAAUAAACUAUACAACUGUA